AUGGCUAAUUUGGUUAUACCUGGUGAUAGAUUACAUAUUGAAGAAAACAAGCAAGUCUCUGCCGGCCCUGGUGUGUAUUGUGAUCCAAAAACUCAACAAUUACGACUUGUAAAUGCAGGACUAGAGGUGGUUAAUGAGACUAAAAAAGGUCAAUCUGUUUAUAUUGAAUAUAAUUCUAAGAGAUAUACUCCAGCUGUUGGUGAUUAUGUUAUUGUGACUAUAAUUGCUUCGUUUUCCGAUAGCUAUAAAGUGUCUUUGUCGAGCUUUUCUACUCCCGUGGUGCUCUCAUAUAUGUCAUUUCCAAACGCUACCAAGAAAAACAAGCCUACUUUGAAGGUUGGUGAUCUUUGUUAUGCAAGGGUUAGUGUUGCGGAGAAAGAUUUGUUAGCUGAACUGGAGUGCAUGGACUCCACCACAGGAAAAGUUGGAGGAUUUGGUCUUCUGGAAGGAGGAGUUGUGGUUGAUGUACCGCUGGCUUUCUCUAGGGAGCUACUUUUUAAUAAUGAGUAUCCGUUGUUGCCAAUGCUAGCGAAAUAUACACAGCUUGAAGUGGCCAUAGGCGUUAAUGGGAAGAUUUGGAUCAAUACUGAGGAUGUACGAACUACAUUGGCAUGUUAUAGAUCUAUCAAGGAUUGUAGUACUACCACUGAGUCCCAGUUUAAAUCUGUGAUUAAGACACAUUUCAAAGGAUUAAUAAAUUCUGUAGAGUAA